AUGGAGCUAUUGGCCCCUAUGAGGCUUUAUACGUUGUCGAAAAGGCAUUUUGUCUUGGUCUUUGUUGUGUUUCUACUUUGCUUUGGCCUAACAGUUUUCAUUGGGAUUGCAGGUCCAAGGAUAAUUUCUGAGCAAGGACACAGCGGUGAGCAGCUACUAGUCAAGAAUUUCUCUGCAAAGACUGGCCCCUACCGUCUUGUAUCUCCUCCUCUCACUACAUACAAUCAACAGUUAUGGCUCAUAUGUUUGAUGGAGGUUGAUCACAGCAAUGUGGUAGAUUUUAAGCAGAGUUUUGAGAUCAAUGUGGAACUAAAAGGAGUAAUGCAGGAUGCCAGUGUGAUGCAUAUCAAUAACGUCCACCAGAAAUCUCGGAUGUUGCACUGUAGCACAUUUAAAUGUGACGAGAUCAUAGUAUUACACUUAGGAUUCCUGAACUACACACAAUACCAGGUGACUGUCCGUUUUAAAGGACUUGAAAACAUCACACAUGAUAUGAAAUCCAACUUUGUGUGGAAAAUGUACAAUCCCACCUUUUCUCAAGUGGAGAUAUGGUUUCGCUUCGUAUUUGUGGUCAUGACUUUCGUUGUAACGUGCCUGUUUGCUCACUCACUGAGGAAGUUCUCCAUGAGGGAUUGGGGCAUUGAACAAAAAUGGAUGUCUGUCCUGCUUCCUCUGCUUUUACUUUACAAUGAUCCAUUUUUCCCAUUGUCCUUCCUGGUGAACAGCUGGUUUCCCGGGACGUUGGAUGCAUUUUUCCAGGCACUUUUUCUUUGUGCUCUUCUGUUAUUCUGGCUCUGUGUUUACCACGGCAUCAGGGUUCAGGGGGAGAGGAAGUGUCUGACAUUUUACCUUCCAAAGUUGAUAAUUGUUGGACUUCUGUGGCUCUCGGCAGUGACACUGGGCAUAUGGCAAACAGUAAAUGAACUUCAGGACCCGACAUAUCAGUACAAGGUGGACAUUGGUAACUUCCAGGGCAUGAAAGUCUUCUUCCUUAUUGUGGUUUCUCUCUACAUUCUCUACCUCAUUUUCUUGAUCGUCAGGGCCUGUUCUGAACUCAAGAACAUGCCAUACUCUGAUCUCCGAUUGAAGUUUUUGACUGCUUUGACGUUUGUUGUCCUUAUAAUAAGCAUGGUUAUUCUCUACCUGAGGUUUGGUGCCAAAGCUCUCCAGGACAAUUUUGUAGCAGAGCUGUCCACUCAUUAUCAGAAUUCAGCUGAAUUUCUGUCUUUCUAUGGUUUACUAAACUUUUACUUAUACACAUUAGCGUUUGUGUAUUCGCCAUCCAAAAAUGCCCUGUAUGACUCCCAGCUCAAGGAUAACCCUGCUUUCUCCAUGCUAAAUGAUUCCGAUGAUGAAGUUAUAUAUGGUAGUGAAUAUGAAGAUAUGCCUUUACAAAACGGACGUGCAAUCAAAGUAACUGCCAAAUACCAGGACGAGACCGACAGCGACUGA